UCGUGGUGAACAUCGGCCUGGAAGCUAAGGUCGUCGUCUUACUUGAUCUCUCGCCUUUUUCUCUCUCGAUAGACAUACAAUUCGUGCCUGAACUCACCAGAAUACAAGAUUUUGAUCGAGAAAUCCAGUCCUGCCAAGCUGCGCAAAUUGCGCUGCAGAAAACUCUGCUCCACACCGAACCACACCAUGUCCUCAUCGUCUCCAAUCAACCCACCAACCUGACCCGGCUCUUCUAACCCGCUUGAGCAUCUUCCACGCGACGAUGGUGGUCCGCAGCCGAGCAACCGACCUGCACCUGCAGGCUCCAUCUCCUCGGACCAGUGGCAGCCGCCCACAGCCCGGCAUUCUGCACGAGUACGCAGAGCGUCUCGUCGCCUUUGAGUACUCAACUUCUUCUUUUUCUUCAGGUGACGGUUCCCACGUCAAGCCACACACUCUGUUAUUCAUCGGUGGUCUCAGCGACGGCCUUGGCACGGUCUCGUACGUCGCCGAUAUCGUCGCUGCGUUGGAGGAUACAGAAUGGUCCCUGUUUUCUCCCAUAUUGUCGUCUUCGUAUGCCGGGUGGGGGAUGGGUGGUCUACGGCAGGAUGUACGUGAGAUCGCAGCUUGCGUGGAGUAUAUCCGGGGGUAUAAGCGGCGAUCUGCAUCAGACUGCUGUAAGACAAAGAUCGUCGUCAUGGGCCAUUCGACGGGGAGUCAGGAUGUUUUGCAGUACAUAAGCGCGCCUAACCCGCAAGAUCGAGAUUCACAGUCAGACACUACUGCACCUGCGCCGGAUCGCGGUGUCAGUGCCCGGGUGCCACGCCCACAGGUCGAUGGGGCAAUCAUCCAAGCGCCGGUGUCGGACCGCGAAGCCAUACAGUGGGUUUUGCAGGAGGGAAAUAAACGGCACACGGCGGAAGAACUGCAGAAAGUCUACGCAGAGGCUAUCAGGAAAGCACAGAAACACACAUUCGAGGAGUAUCGUUCUCUAGACACGGUCGUCCCACUACCCGCGACAUCAAGUCUGGGAUUCCCAUCAUCAACGCCCAUCAGUAGUCGACGAUUUCUUAGCCUCGCUAGCCCUGCCAGUCCCCAGGACCCUAGAGAGGAUGAUCUGUUUAGCUCGGAUCUAACCGACGAUCGGCUGAGGGACACGUUUGGGGCGAUUCACGGCCGGGGGGUGCUGAGGUCAAAGCUCCUCGUGUUGUAUUCCGGGAAGGACGAGACGGUCCCGCCGUGGGUUGAUAAAGUACACUUACUGCGGCGGUGGCAGAGGGCUACUGAUGCUGAGCGCGGGUAUUGGCAUGAUCAGAGUGGUAUCAUUCCAGGUGCAACACAUACGAUGGCUGGUCCGAACCAAGUUGAAGCGCGGCGGAUUCUCAUUCGCAAGGUGAUGCGCUUUCUCCAGGAUAUCACAGGAGGCAGUGGCACUUGGAGCUAAGUGGUGCGAAAGUAAACUAUGCUACGCAGAACAAGGAAGUGCCUUUUAUUGAGCUACGAACUUCGCUGUUACACUCAUCUGCGAGUCCUGUAGGAACAGGGCGCUAUAUCCUCCUUACGGGGGUAAAAUUAGGCGAUCCGUGCUUCUAGACAAUGUUUUACAAGCGUAGCAGGGGCGGAUUGUAUCUGGACGCAGUCCCCUGUUGUUGUCCAAUCUGCUCUUUUCGUCCAGUCGGUUACGCGAACCAAGCACUGUAGCUGUCAGGAUCGGCAUACGUUCCUGCUUCCUGAGACACAGGCGAUGGGCACCAAUUGGAGUCCAGACCUUGGCGUUGAUAUAUACUAUUUUAUGAUAGUGGGCUUGUUGGAUCUCGGCUGGCGUCUGAAGCCAUCUUCAGUAUAUAUAGUUGACAAACCAUGUCAACAGCGAAUAUGAAAGAGACACAAACGGGUCUGUCGCCAGCUAAGAGAAAUAUAUACGCGAGUCUCCGUUCAUACUAUAGAAGUCUUGCUUCAACAUCAAAGGUGCGGUCGCGUCCUCUUUCGUCCGGUCAUUGAACCUGGCAUUGCACCGGAUAAGAAGAGCAUAAUUGAUUUAUGCAUACAUAAAACAUGGAUAAAUUUAGAAGCGUCACUAAUCCAACGUAACGAUCAUCAACUAUGGGGAAUGCAACUGCUUCGGGCUCUCUCAAGUAACAUGGCUUUAGACAAGCGGAUUUACAUUAGAUGCUGGCUCGGAAGCUUUACAUGUUUAUUCUCGCUCGUGGUCAGCGAGGCACUGGCAACCGCAGUGGACGGAAGGAAUGGACUUGUCCCAGAUACCUCGCUGAGUCAGUGGAGACAUCCCAUUAUCAUUGUGAUGGGGCCGCUUAGACAGAUGGUUAAGAGCUGGGAUCCUCAACUGGACAAUGUGAACUUUGGGUACAACUUGCGCAGAGGAGAAAUGGCAUAAAUGUCUUUUUAUACAGCGAGAUGAAUAGAUUAGGUAAGCAAUGCAGUAUCCUCGGGCUUACAUGAAAAGUGGUCACAUGCAGGGAGAAACCAAAUUUCCUUU